AUGGCCUCAACCAAAAGAAGAUUAAACAGAGAAGAAUCAUCUGUAGUUUUAGGUGAAGAACAAGUUGCUGAAUUAAAAGAAGCUUUUGAACUCUUUGAUAAAGAUAGAACUGGUUUCAUUAAAAAGGAUGCCUUAAAAACCACCUGUAAACAAUUUGGUGUUUUUGUUAUGGAAGAUCAAUUAGAUGCCAUGUUUGCUGAAGCUGAUACCACCAAAUCUGGUGCUAUUGGUUUCCCAGAAUUUAUGUCAAUGAUGUCCCGUCGUAUGAAACAAACUUCAAAUGAACAAAUUUUAAUGAACGCUUUUAAAACUUUUGAUCCAGAAGGUAAUGGUUACAUCUUAACAAAAGAUUUAUCUAAAGCCUUAACAACUUUGGGUGAUAAAUUAACUGAAGCAGAGUUACAAGAAUUGUUAUCAAUUUCAGAAAACGAACAAAAGCAAGUUAAAUAUGACCUUUUCGUUAAUACUCUCUUCAGUAAAAAAUAA